CCCCGUCGCAGCGAUGCUGCCUCUCCUCGGCCUCGCUGUGUCGCUGCAGCCGGCUCUAAGGCCGCCGCCUCUACUGCGGCCGCCUCCGCCGCUGCGGCCGCCUCCGCUGCUGCGGCUGGGUACCGGCGACGCCGCUGCCGAGACGGCGGCGACGGGAGCGGCGGCCGACACCCGUGCUGGCGCUGGCGGCGGCGGUGCGUGCGUCGCCUCGACCGGCGCCGCCUCGAGCGCCGCGGCUUCCGCCGUUGCGCCGUCCGGGGCGCCGCCGCCGCAGCAGGCUGCAGCAGCCUCAGCGUCGGCGGCGGCGGGAACGCCGUCGCCGUGGUCGAUUUUGCGCGGCGUGCUGCAGUGCGACAGCUGGCACGAGUUCACGGUGCAGAUGCGGGAAGAGUACGGCGACGUGCUCAAGGUCGACCUGUGGCCCGUGCUGCCGCCCAUCUACUUUCUGAUGGGCAAGGCGGCCAACCGCGCCGUCCUGUCCGACCUGGACGCCAGCCUGCAGCAGAUCCUGCAGGAGCUCAUCAACGUGCUUCCCGUGUCGGCACGGAUCCCAAAGGAGGAGGACGUGCAGCUGCAGAAGAAGGUGGCCACCCUCUUCCAGAGCGGCGCCGUCAUCGACUCCCUCCUCCCCUCCUUCCGCACCACCGCCCGCGGCGUGCGCGAGCGGUGGAUGCGCCGGCCGGCGCCGUCGCGGCCGCUGCUCGUCUUCUUCGAGCUGUCGGAGUUUGUGCUCCGCGCCGACCUCGAGCUGCUCUACGGCCGCCGCUUCAGCGAGACCCACGCGCCCCACCUCCUCCCCCGCUUCACCCAGUGGGUCGAGAACAUUGCAAACGGCCAGCUCGUUGGCUUCUUUGACGAGCUCGGCAGGUGCCUCCGCGAAGAGAUCGCGGAGCGGCAGGCGCACCCGCAGCGCUACGCGGGCGAGCAGUCGGUGAUGCACAUCUACCUGCAGGCGGGCGCGCUCGAAAAGAGCAGCGAGGAGGACGUGGUGGGACUGCUGACGAUGACACUCAUGGCGGCGGUCUUCAACACGCAGGUCUCGCUUGCGUGGAUCCUCGCGCACCUGUAUUCGCAGCCCGAGCUGCUGCGGCGUGCGCGCGCCGAGCUGGCCGCCUGCUCGGGCGAGCCGAGCUACGCCGAGCUGAGCAGCCUCCCCUUCCUCAACGCGUGCAUCGACGAGUCCGUGCGGCUGCACACGAUGCUGCCCGGCAACACGGUGCUGCGCAAGGCGGCGCGCGACGUGCGGUUUGGCGAGGUGACCAUCCCGCGAGGCUCGGUGCUCUGGCUCUACCCGAACGCCGUGCACCAGGACGGCGCCUAUUUCGCCGAGCCCGCCUCCUUUUGCCCGAUGCGGUUCCUGCGCGGCGACGCGCUGCGCAAGCAGAGCGAGGCGCGCCACCGCCCGCCGCCGCACUCCGCCGCCCUCCUCUGCCACCUUCUCCGCCGCUCUUCCGUGCUGCCCCUCGUCGACGCGGACCCGCCCCCCGCCCUGCCGGCCGACGACAACCUCUUCGAUCUCAUCCCCGCGAGCAAGCUCGAGCUGCGCAACGUGCGCGCCGCUGUGCCCGCCGCCGCGCCGUCAGACCGCGCCGCCGCCGCAGCAGCAGCAGCAGCUGCGGCGGCCGCGGCAGCGGCGGCAGCGGCGAGAGGCUGAGUCUGCUGUGAGCGGAUGCCGCCGACGCGGGCGCUAGCUCUGGCAGCCGGCCGGGGCCGCUCGGGACGCCAGGACGGCAGGAGAGCCAGAGGGGAGGGGGAGAGCCCAGCUGGGAGAGCCGCGCAGGGCGCGGAGCUCGGCGGCGGCCCGGCGGGGGCCACCCGUCACCACAGUUAUGACAAACACCGGCUGACGUACUCGCCGUGAAAGUGAACGCCGUCUGGAGUAUUUACCUACGAUCGCAUGUGUUAGUUUCUACGGGGUUGAUAUGCAGU